GAGGCCAAAUAAUAUUUGUCAUACUCACAUUCGACAGGUUUUUCAGUAUCUAUGCCAAAUAGAUUCCAAAACCAGUAGAUUUUUCAGUAAAAUGCAGCGUAUACUUGUCGAAAACCCACUGCUUCGAUUAGCAGGCAAAAAAAUGUUUCGGCAUACUACUGGAAUACAUUUUAUCUUGAAGUAUCGUGUUAAUUACUUCUGUUCUAAACCUAAAAUUUCAGAAGCUGUAAAAGCACUUUUACCUACUCAUGAUGAAUUUAGCGUCCGGCAUAUUGGUCCACGAGCGGCGGAUCAGAAAAUUAUGCUGAAGGAAUUGGGAUAUGAGAAAAUCGAUGAUCUCAUAAAUUGCACUGUGCCAUCAAACAUAAGAUUUAACAGACUUCUUGAUCUCGACCCUCCAAAAGGUGAACAUGAAUUGCUUCAGUACUUAAAGGAGAUUGCGGACAAAAACCACCUUUGGAGAUCCUAUAUUGGACUGGGAUAUUAUAACUGUCUUGUACCACAUUGCAUUUUGAGAAAUAUAUUUGAAAAUCCAGGAUGGACAACACAAUACACACCAUACCAAGCCGAAAUUGCUCAAGGGCGUUUAGAAAGCCUUCUGAAUUAUCAGACAAUGGUAGCAGACCUUACAGGAUUGGAUAUUGCAAAUGCAUCCUUACUUGAUGAGGGAACAGCUGCAGCAGAAGCAAUGGCUUUGAGCAUUAGAUACGCGAAAAGAAAGAAAUUUUAUUGUUCUGAUAAAGUGCAUCCUCAGACUAUUGCUGUCGUGGACUCCAGAUUACAUGCGAUGGGUGUGAGAAUAAUCGUUACUGACUUUAAAAAUGUUGAUCUGACGAAGAAGGAUCACUCUGGUGUGCUUUUUCAAUAUCCAGAUACUGAGGGGAAUGUCUUAGAUUUUACUGACUUAACUACUCAAUGUCACAAAGGUGGUGGCAUUACAGUGUGCGCAACAGAUCUUCUUGCCCUUACGGUUUUGAGACCUCCAGGAGAAUUUGGAGUCGAUGUAGCAGUUGGUACGAGUCAAAGGUUUGGUGUUCAUCUGAACUACGGUGGGCCACAUGCCGGUUUUUUCGCAGUCAAGAGCAAAUUCACACGUCUUGUACCAGGAAGAAUGGUUGGCGUAACAAAAGAUUCAGCGGGUAAUUUGGCUUAUCGACUAGCUCUACAAACUCGAGAACAGCAUAUUCGAAGAGAUAAAGCUACAAGCAAUAUUUGCACGGCUCAGGCACUUCUGGCAAACAUUUCGGCUAUGUAUGCUGUCUAUCAUGGAGCUGAAGGUUUAAUAAACAUUGCAACUAAAGUAAACAAUGCAACUCUCCUGCUGGCUGAAGGUAUCAAAGCGGCAGGACAUAAAUUAGAGCAUAUACGAUUUUUCGACACGAUAAAAGUCAUUCCCAAAUCAAAUGUAAGCAACGUAAAGAGAAGAGCUGAAGAGAAAAAAAUAAAUCUCCGUUAUUUUGACGAUCAAUCGGUAGGUAUUUCGUUGGAUGAAACCAUAGAACAACGUGAUCUUGAGGACUUACUUUGGAUUUUCGAAUGCAAACAAACAGUUGAGGAGUUGGCUGAAAAAAUUGCAAGGGCUGAUAACAAGCCAUUUUGGAAGGAAUCACAGUUUGAGCGCAAACAAAAAAUUCUUACACAUCCUGUUUUUAAUAGACAUCGCUCCGAAGCAAGGUUGAUCCGCUAUAUGAAGACUCUGGAAAACAAAGAUAUUUCUCUAGUCCAUUCAAUGAUACCUUUGGGUUCUUGCACAAUGAAACUGAAUAGCACGACAGAAAUGAUGCCCUGUUCCUGGCCACAACUUGCAAAUAUUCACCCAUUUGUUCCUUUAGAGCAAGCUGAAGGUUAUCAGAUUUUGUUUAAAGAAUUAGAGAAAGAUCUGUGCGAAAUAACAGGCUAUGACAAGAUCUCAUUUCAGCCUAACAGUGGAGCACAAGGGGAAUACGCUGGUCUAAGAACUAUAAUGUCAUAUUUAAGAGCCAUAGGACAAGAAAAAAGAAGAGUAUGCCUGAUCCCUGUGUCUGCCCACGGUACAAAUCCAGCCAGUGCUCAAAUGGCUGGAAUGUCUGUUCAGCCUAUCAGUGUGCUGUCAUCUGGAGAUAUAGACAUGGAUCAUUUAAAAUCAAAGCUUGAAGAUUUCAAAGACACAGUGGGCUGUAUGAUGAUAACUUAUCCAUCAACGAACGGAAUAUUUGAAGAAAGUGUCAGAGAGAUUUGCGAGCUAGUCCACUCCUACGGAGGCCAAGUGUAUUUAGAUGGAGCUAAUAUGAACGCCCAAGUCGGCCUUUGUCGGCCAGGAGAUUAUGGAUCUGACGUCUCACAUAUAAAUUUGCAUAAAACAUUUUGCAUUCCACAUGGAGGUGGCGGCCCAGGCAUGGGUCCUAUUGGUGUGAAAUCUCAUUUGGCUCCGUUCUUACCAUCCCAUCCUAUAAUCAACCCAUUGGCUGCUCUUGGAUCAACAGCAAAGUCAUUUGGAGUCGUAAGUGCUGCACCGUGGGGUUCUUCAGCAAUUUUGCCUAUUUCUUGGGCAUAUAUUAAAAUGAUGGGACCUAGUGGAUUAAAACAAGCCACCGAAGUAGCAAUCCUAAACGCUAACUACAUGCUGAAAAAGCUUAAAGAUCAUUACAAAAUUCUAUACUACGGAAAAAAUGGCACUGUCGCACAUGAAUUCAUAGUGGACGUUCGAGACUUGAAGAAAACUUCUAACAUUGAAGCUAUGGACAUUGCAAAACGACUUCAAGAUUAUGGAUUUCACGCGCCUACCGUAUCAUGGCCUGUAGCAGGAUCCCUGAUGAUUGAACCAACUGAAUCGGAAGAUAAAGAAGAACUUGAUCGAUUCUGUGAAGCAAUGAUCAGUAUCAGGAAAGAAAUUGAAGAAAUUGAAAAAGGCAUUUCUCAUGCGGAAAUAAAUGUUCUUAAGAUGGCACCUCACACUCAGCGUAUUGUCUGCUCUUCAAACUGGGACAGACCGUAUUCUAGAGAGAAAGCAGCUUUUCCUUCAAAAUUUGUUUCUCCUGAACUGAAACUCUGGCCGACGGUAGGACGCAUUGAUGACGUUUAUGGGGAUACUAAUCUCAUGUGUUUUUGCCCACCUGUAGAAGCAUAUACUACUGAAUAAAAAGGGAGUGCUCAACUUGUCGAAUAAACAUUCAUAAAUAAUCUUCUGUGUUAUUGUACUUUUUGUAGUACAAUUUUAUUUAAUAAGUUUGCCAUACUCAGUAAAAAAUUAGAAAUGGUA